AUAGAUAACUAAAAAAUAAAUAUACCCGCCAAAAAUUGCCCUAAACCGUUGAUCUUAUACAAUCAAAGUUGUAACGCUUCCCUUGUUAGAAUACCUUGUUCUAAUACAGUCAUUGAGCGAAACAAGAGAAAUAAUAAAAGUACGAACUAACGUAUCACUCUAACUUGGCCAUUACCAUUUAAACUAACCUCGAAAAUGGACAUUUGUUGUUAGUACAGUUUCAAACAUUAUUGCAUAAAUAAAUAGAAUAAACCUAUUUGUUACGUAGACAGAGACAGCAUAGGAUUCCCGCAACGUCAAAUUAAAACCAUGUCUCUCUCUCAACAAAAGAAACUGACAAAAAAGCUCCUCAAACUUCAACAUAUUUUGGAAAAAGAAACAGGAAUUCAAAAGUCUUUAACUUCUACAAGACACCUUGCGAUAUGCAAUGCGGGACUAGUUAGUGGGCUAACUGAAGAUGUAAUAUUCGAGCAUUUCAGUAAGCAUGGCCCCAUUAAAGACAUCAUAAUGCUUCCAGGGAAAUCCUGCUGUUUUGUAUCCUAUGAAACCCUACCGAGUAGCGAAUCUGCUUAUGACACCUUCAAUGGUAAAUUAAACAUUGCUCAAGAUGGUAAACCUAUUUUUCUACUUUAUGUGGAAGAAGUGCCUUUAAAUGGAGAUCAAAAGGUUUGGGGUGAAACACCUCCAGGUCUAAUAAUUAUAGACAAUUUCAUUGAUGAAUGCAAGGAAGAGUUAUUACUAAAUCUGUGUCAGUUUAACAGUGGAGCCUCUGGCGAAAUGAAACACAGGCAAGUAAAACAUUUUGGAUAUGAAUUUAGGUAUGAUAUAAACAAUGUGGAUAAAGAUAAGCCAUUAUCUGAUCCUUUACCUAAAGAAACUGAUUUCUUAUGGACAAAACUAGGACAUCUUAGUCCAGAAUUUUCAACAUUUAAACCUGACCAGUUGACAAUUAACCAUUACUGCCCUGGUCAAGGGAUUCCCCAUCAUAUAGACACCCACAGUGCAUUUGAAAACCCUAUUGUGUGCUUAUCACUGGGUUCACCAAUAGUAAUGGAAUUUAAAAAUGGACAAAGUCACAUUUGUUCUUUAUUACCACAAAGAUCUCUGCUAAUUAUGUCAGGUGAAAGUAGAUAUGAAUGGACUCAUGGAAUAGUCCCUAGGAAAUUUGAUGUAGUACGAAAUAAUAGUGGAUCAGGUUUCACAUGUUUAAAAAGGGGCACCAGAGUAUCGUUCACUUUUAGAAAAGUGCUGCAAGGUGAGUGUAAAUGCAUUUAUAAGACACACUGUGAUUCUCAUAACAAAGAAACAUGCUUAGAUGAUACCACUGCGUCUCGCCUUGAAAGUUUACAUGUUCAUAAAGUAUAUGACAGCAUAGCAGACCAUUUUAGUGAUACUAGACACAAGCCUUGGCCCAAUGUUUUAGACUUUGUACAGUCUUUUGACUGUGGUCAUGUUAUCGUUGAUGUUGGCUGCGGCAAUGGAAAAUAUUUAAGCCAUAAUAAAAAAAUUUUUGAUGUAGGAUGUGAUUAUAGCUCAGGAUUAAUUGAGAUAUGCAAUAAAAGGAAUUUUAAUGCUUUUAUUGGAGAUUGCCUAUCCAUCCCUAUAAAAGAUAAUUUUGCAGAUGGAGUAAUAAGCAUUGCAGUUAUUCAUCAUUUGGCUACAGAACAGAGAAGGUUAAAAGCCAUUCAGGAAAUUUUUAGGAUCUUGAACGUGGGUGGUAGGGCUUUGAUUUAUGUUUGGGCACAUGAUCAAAUUAAGAAUGACAAGAAGAGCAGAUAUAUUAUGCAGGAUAGGAAAAAUAGGAAAGGGGCUGAUGGUGGGAAGAACAGUUUAGUUAAUGGUUCAACAGACAUAAAUGUACUAAAUGGUAUGUUCUCGUUGCCAGUCCAUAAAAAUCGUACAAACUUCCAAGCGAAAGACGUCCUGGUGCCGUGGAAAAUGAAAGAUGAGAACCAAAGCACGUUCUUCAGGUUCUACCAUGUGUUCCACGAACACGAACUGGAAAACGUGUGUCAAAAAGUGCCGGGUUUAGAAAUUUUAAAAAGCUAUUACGACCAGGGAAAUUGGUGUGUCAUAUUCAGAAAGUUGAGGAUGUUCUGGGUUCUAGUAAUAAUAUCGAGCCUAUCGGUAUCGAUCUAUUUAACGACGUUAUUUUGGGCCCGAUAUAAUGACAACCCCACACGGACCCUGAUCGAAUCAACUGACGCCCCAUUGUCGGUUAUUCCGUUUCCGGCGGUCACCAUUUGCAACCUAAAUCCAGCGAUCCAUUCGAAAGUAGAUCGAUUUUUGACAAAACUGGAUGGUGAGGAGGACGCCCUGCAAACCACCAAAAAAGUCAUCCUGAAAAUGAUGAAAACUGGAACUUUUACAAAUGGAUCCCCUCAGAAUUAUAACAUGACCGAACUGGAUGUUGCCCAGGAGGUUUUGAAUAGUAACGGUUAUCCGGACCUCAAUAUGAUCGUUAAAAGAAUUUCUCAAAAGUGUGAGGAUAUGAUUCUAAGGUGUGCUUGGAACAAACAAGUAGUCAAUUGCAAGGACAUCUUCGAAGAAACCUACACUAUCCAAGGGAGGUGCUGCUCCUUUAAUUACAUUAAAAAAGACUCUUUCAAGCGCACCCUGUAUGCGAUUUUUUAUGGUUUAAGCACAGGCCUAAGGGUUUUACUAAAGCCCGAGUAUAAUAAUAGAAGUCUGGCAGGGGUUACGGUGACCAUACACAACCCCGAAGAUUUUCCAGGGGCGGACCAUAAUGAAAAAAAGACGUUGGCUUUGGGGAAGGUUAAUUACGUGGAACUGGAAGGUUAUAAAAGAAAAUGCAGUCCACCAGUGAGGGAACUAUCCAUAGAAAAACGACAAUGCUUGUUCUCAGACGAACGACGCUUAGAUUAUUUCGGCAAAUACAGUUACUAUAACUGUUUGUUUCAAUGCGAAGCAUUGGCAGUCGUGGAGCAGUGCCGAUGCGUCCCAUAUUAUUUCGAUUUCAUUUACGAUAUCGCACCGUGCGUUUUAGGAAAUUUACCAUGCCUAGAACCGAUUUCGAAACAUGAAAAAGCGAUAUGUAACUCGAAAAAUGCCCAGUGUGUGCAAAAUAUAACAUUUGAUCCUUUUAAGGAGUGUGAUUGUCAAUCAGAAUGCGAGGAAGACUCUUACGAUAUUACACUGGCCUCGGUUAAGUUUAUUAAUGAUUCUUCGGUUUGGAUGAUGAACACUCUAGAUGGUGAAAAUAUUGAUACAGAAAACUCGAUUUUACUUAACGUUUACUUUGCUAGUAACAGGCACACUAUUUGGCUUAGAAAUGUUAUUACGACUGGACUAUAUUUAGUUUCAUCUUUUGGGGGCAUAUACUCCUUAUUUCUCGGUUGCAGCAUCAUAACGGUCAUAGAGAUUUUCUACUAUUUAAUAGGGAAGAUUUUUAUUCGGAAUAUGUGCACUGCCAGGAAAAUAGAUCAAGUUAAGGAUAAUAAGAUCACCGUGAGAGUUUACACUUUGGACGGCGUUUCAAAGAAAAUUAGAACUCCUCUAAAUAAUACCAAUCAAGAUCCUAUAUUUCCUUUUAUUAAUUAAAAUUGUGCACUUGCCUAUUGCGAAAUAUAUGCGUGU